AAUGAAUAAAGAAAUCUAAAGAUAGAUUUAGGUAAAGAGUCUUUAAUCAUUCAAAUAAGGGACUUUUUCAUUUUUCGAGCCAAACACAUUCUCUUUCUUUCUUCGAGAGUUCGAUUCCUCACCAGCAUUCCCCCUUCGUUCACCAACAUUUCACCAGCAUUUCACCAGCAUUUCACCAGCAGAGGCCCUCUCCAUCAGCUAGCGUGACCGUCAGCCACCGUGUUGGUGAUUGGCUGUGUCGAAAUCGCGUGUCCGUGAUUAGGUGUGUCGCAAUCGCCAUCGGAGUUCGUCCAUCGUAAAGGGUUGUUGUUCGAGGGUUGGAGGGUUGUUCUUGGAGGGUUCUUGCUGGAGUGUGGUUUGUGCGUGUGAGCGAGCUUGUCUAAAUCCUCUUGGUAGAGGUUUUGGGUUGUCUUUCUUCCCCUGUCGUUGAGGUUUUGGGGCUUCGAUCAGGGUCUGAGAAGUGUCAUUGCUGAAGGGCUGCACUGAAGUGUCCAAGAGUUCAUCAUUUCCAGGUAUCCUCUUGUAAUGAGCAGUGAUGCUGCCAAGACAUGUUCAAACUCUUAGUGAUCUCCUUGAGAGAGUUAAACUUGUUCAAUUUUCAAAACUCAGAGGUAUACAUGGACAUUUUUGUCUUUGGUACUCCACUCUGUCGACUUGCAAUGAGAUGCCAAAAAAGCUCAACAAGUUUGAGUGGAAACCGCUAGUGACAAGUUUUAACGAGCUUAAGCGAGAAGCUAGACUAAAGAAAAAGGAGAGACAAAAGGUGCAUGAGACUAUAUUACAACCUCCUGAAAAUGGCAUGCUGGUUAAGAAUCUGAUUCCUGUUGCUCAUGAAGUUUUUGCUGCCAGAUGUGAACUAUUAUCCUGUGUUUCAAGACUCGUCAACUAUACUGCUAUUUAUGUAUGCAGCUUAUGUGGAGAAGUUCAUGUUGGUCAUCCGCCACAUAAAAUUAAAACAUGUGAUGUUAGAGGAAGCCCAUCAAGCAAAGAACAUAGUUGGGUCAAAGGUGGUGUUGAACAUGUUCUGCCACUUGUAGAAUCAUUUCAUCUGUAUGAUAGAAUAGGGAGGGCUGUUUCACAUAAUGAAAUGCUUGAAGUCGACCGAAUUCCAGCAAUUGUGGAAUUGUGUGUCCAGGCAGGUUUUGACAUACCAGAGUACCCUACCAGGAGAAGGACCUUCCCUGUUUACUGUGUUGCUGGUAGGAUUAUAGAUUUUGAGAAAAGAUUUCCGAAAGAAAUGUCUCUUGGGGCAGAUAUAGAAGCACAUGGAUUUUGGCAUAAGAAAAAAAAGUUCAAUAAAGACACAAAUUCCAUGGUGAUGCAUUCUGACGAUAUCCAAGCUAUUGCUGUUCUGGGCAUGAAAGCCUGGGAAAAAAUGUGCACAGGAGCUUCAAAACUUAUGGAGAAGUAUGAUGUCCAAACUUGUGGAUAUUGUCCAGAGGUACAAGUGGGGCCCAAAGGUCAUAGAGUUCGAAAUUGUCAAGCUUUCAAACACCAGAUGAGGGAUGGACAACAUGCAUGGCAGAAGGCAACAAUUAAUGAUCUGGCACCUCCAGUGUGUGUCUAUCACAUUCGAGAUCAGCAAGGAAAUAAACCUUUGGUAAAUGAGUUGAAAAGGUACUACGGUAUGCUGCCAGCAGUGGUUGAGCUAUUUGCUCAGGCUGGAGCACCAGUUGGAAAGAAUUAUGCAUCUAUGAUGAGGGAAGAUGUUGCAAUCCCUGAAAUGGAUGAGGAAAAGUGGGUUGUUUAAAUCAUUGGAUUCAGUGACUUCUUCUGCAUGGACACAAUCGAACACUUCUUAAUCAUGUGUUACCACUCUUUUUGUAAAAAUUUGUAUCAAGACAUAUAUAAUAUAAUAUCUCAAGCUAAACCAAAUCAAUCUUAUAUUUAGGAGUUUCUCUCUGGUUGUAAUGCAUUAAAUUUUUAUUUUAUUUUUGUUUUGGAGACAUUCAUUUGUAAACAACACUUUAUUUUGUGUUGCCA